GUUUGCCCUAUAUUCAGUCACGUAUGCUAUCGUAUGUUAUUUUCUAUUUUUAUCUAAAAAUUAAAUGCCAUUAGGAGAAAAAUUAUUAAAAAGAUACCAUGAAGAGAUUUCCAAUUUUUAAUUCAAAUCAGGAAAAUCCAGAAGUAUUAGAAAAUUUAGUAAAACAUGUAAAUGAACUGAUGGAUACUAAAAAAGGAGUCUUUGCCAUGGAUGAGCAUGUUUUAGCUUUUAAUUUUUUAUUUUCAUUAUACAAUCGAGACAAUGAUUGGGAGAACAGACGUCUUCUACGCCAGUUCCUAGUAACAGCUCCUCUUGAAAAACAAUUCUCGGCGAUACUCUUAUCAGAAGAAUUCAUGAAGCAAAGCGACGAUGAAGCCAUCGAGUUCUUCGACAUAGUAAAAUCAAAACAUCUGCUACUUGGAGUCCGCCUGGAUAUAGGGACCUCCACGAUGUUCGGGCUGGAAGGGGAAUAUGUUAGCACUGGAGUGAACAAUUUAGUAGAAUGUUUUAAUUUUUAUAAGGAACGAGGUUGCUUAUACUCAAAAUUCCGAAGCAUAUACCAAAUUGAAGAUUAUUGCCCUACACUUUGUGGCACUGAAAAGAUUUCGUAUAGGUUGGCCAGGUUUGCAGCGCUCUCGCAAGCGAAUGGAUUAGUUCCUAUAAUCAGUGUGGAGGUAGUUCCGGAUGGGACUGAAGACAUCUAUAAAGCCAGAAUAGUCUUAGAGAAGAUACUGAUUAAUUUGAUAAAAGCAUUGAAUGAUCUUGAAGUUUUCAUCGAAGCUACAAUCUUGCAAGUAAGUUUCGUCCAACCAGGUCAUAUGAGGAGAUCGUGUUCUAUUUCACCGGAUAAGAUUGCUGAACAAACCGCGGAAGCUUUCAAGAGGAGUUUACCGAUAUCAUUGGGAGGUUUGUUAUUCCACUCUUCCGGUCUCAGUGAAGAAAAUGCCACUCAAGUACUUAAUCGCAUGAUACUUUUAAAAGAAGCAAAUGAGUCUAUGUUGCCAUGGAAAAUGAAUUAUUCGUUCGGGAGAGCACAGAAGGCUUCAGCGAUUAUGACGUGGGGAGGUGAUCCCAAUUUCGAAGAAGCCGGUCAUCGAGAGUUGAUGGAACGAGCGAAAGCUAACAACGAAGCUCUCUUGGGAAAGUACGUCCCUAAAAGUGUCCAAGGUUCCUUCUCAGAUCAGAAGUUGUACGUGCCUAAUUACAUCAGCUGAAAAUUUAAAUAAACAUAUAAAU